UUGACAACUACAAAAAUGGCGAACUCAUUAGAAAGUUUAGAGACUCAAUUAGAAAUGUUUAUUGAAAAUGUGAGACAAAUUCAUAUAAUAGUAAGCGAUUUUCAACCACAAAGUCAAAACGUUUUGAAUCAAAAAUUACAAUCUUUGGUUCAUGGUUUACAAGAAGUGGACAAAUUAAAAUCUCAAGUGCAAGAUGUUCAUGUGCCUUUGGAAGUAUUUGAUUAUAUUGAUCAAGGAAGGAAUCCUCAAUUAUACACAAAAGAUUGUAUAGAAAAGGCUUUGGCUAAAAAUGAGCAGGUUAAAGGAAAAAUCGACGCAUAUAGAAAAUUUAAGGUUAACAUGCUAUUAGAGUUAAGUAAAACAUUUCCCACUGAAUUAAAUAAAUAUAGAGCUUUAAGGGGUGAUGAAUGACAGUUACAAUAUUUUAAUUAAGCUCACUUAUUAACAGGAUGUACUUUUGUAACUUUACAUACCCAUAUUUUCAUUCUGUUCUUAAUUCUAAACAAAAUAUAAAAAACAAAGGUUCUCUUCAAAACUUUCUUGGCAAAAAGGGCGCUAUUUAAAUCAAUUAAUAACCAUUGUUUAUAAAGCAUCAUAACUAGCUUCUCUCAGGGUAUUUUUAAAUCCUUGAUUUUAAUUAAAAAUUAUUAAAUGAUUAAAAAUUCUGAAGGAAUAUUGCGACUAAUAAUAAAAUUUUUACAUAGAGUAUCCAAUUAAAAUUAAGGAUCCUAGAGUAGUGUGGCCUAAAAUUAAUCAUAAGGUGCCAAUCCUGUAUAAAAAAAGAUGGCAACAAUAAGGAUUACAUUUUUGUGAUGCUGUUUUUUUCUGAUAUCAUUAGGUAAAUGAAUGAUGAAUUAUAAUACUUUAUAAACAAUGUAAUUACUUUUAUAGGAAUAAGUGUACAUAGUUUAAAUUUUUAAAUUAUCUUAUUACUAAUCUUUUUGGAGAAUUGGAGUUGCAAUAAACAUGUUAUCAUUCCAAUUAAGCUUUGAAGAGAAAUAAAGUUGUUUAAGUUAUAUAGUUUUAAUGAAGUUGUGAACGUAGAUAUCUAAAUCAACUGUGGUAAUUAUAAGAAACAUUAUGUAUAAUGACCCUGCGAAUUCCCUAACUCAAAUUAUUAUGAUUUUUAACAAUUUGUCUUAUUCUUAAUUCCUUAAUUUUAUAAUUAAACAGAGGCAAGAUAUGGAACAGUAUUUAAUAACAACAACUCUAUAUGAUAGAUCGAAACUAAAACUAUCUUAAAUAAAGAUCAUUUAUCAAUUUUUAACAAUUUGUCAAUAUUCCCAGAUUAACCGCGGUUAUUAAAGAAAAAUAAAAUACUGUAUUUUUUCGAAUCUAAUCCGUACUUUUUUUUUUCUUUUAUGUGCUCUAAAACGUGCGAAUUGAAAUUUAGAAUAAGUAAAAUAAAAUACCUAAAGCAAUAAAACUUUAUUAAUGGUAUUAGAA